GACGUUCUCUUCGUUUGGAUGUCUCGUUUCCAUGGAGAUUGAAAUGGUUUGUGUUUUGAUGAAUUGCUUGAUUUGACUGUUCAAUUCAAUGCAGUGAUUUCCCUUUGUUUUUUUAAUUGCAAUUUAUAUUUGUUCAUUUGGAGUCAGGAAUUUAUUCUUAUUUUUGUUGUUGAUUUGUGUUUUGGUGAGUCUCAUGUGGAAGAGAAGUUAAUUUUUUUUUAAUGUUGUUUCAAUGAACUCUGGAAGGAUUUGUUGAAUAUUUCCCGAAUGGCGUCUAGAUUGAAACGAUCCGUUCUUAUUUGCUACUUUAAAAUGGGAAUUCUUUGCUCAUUCGUUUUCCCCAAUUGAUUUUUCAUUUCCCAGUGAAGCGAAGGAUGAAUUUUCGACUUUGGUGUGUUGUCGGCUGACUGUUGUGGCCCCUCCCCUUUAACGGCUCGCACUGCAAGUCCUUCCCCUUUAAGUCCUCAUCGAUCCUGCCACUGUGUUUUUGUGGUUCUGUCAAGUUUACUUUCCGUCCGAGGUGACGCUCAGCUGGCCACACCCAAAUGUCCCAUCGAUCCCUCUACGACAUGGCAGGACGCUAGCAUGCGACACUGACACAGAGUGUCCAAGUGGUGGCGCUGCUGAUUGGCGCGCACGUGAGCCAUGGACGACUUCGGCAGCAGGACGUACGGCACCAGCGGCCUGGACAACAGACCUCUGUUCGGGGAGACGUCGGCACGGGAUCGCAUCAUUAACUUGGCAGUGGGAGGAUUUACGUCUCUCGUCGUGCUGGUGACCGUCAUCAGCUCGUUCGUGUUCCCCUCGCUGCCUCCGCGACCGCUCAACAUUUUCUUCGCCGUUUGUAUCCUGCUCGCCUGCGGAUCCGCUCUGCUGCUGGUAUGCUCGCAAAACCCUUCUUUGACUUUGGCCAAAAAUGAAUCGGGCUACUUUGCUGCAUCCCCCUCAGAUCUUCUGGUACCGCCAAGGCGACCUGGAGCCCAAAUUCCGCAACCUGAUCUACUACAAGCUGGCGUCCAUCGUGUUGCUGUGUUUGUGCGCCAACCUCUACUUCCACGACGUCAGGUGAGCCGGCGCCGGACGGAUGGGACUGGACCGGCCCGGACACGUUUACUCGCGCUGGGAAAGGGAGACUUGAAGGCACUUCCUGUCCCGCAGCUGUUUGCCGUUUGUCUGAUGAGCCUCACAAACGACACAAUGACGUGAACCCUCGACUUUGUGGCUGUUUUGGACUUGCUGUUACCACGGCGACGCCGGCCAGAAUCGGAGGGGCCAACGCAGUACGGGAAGCCGUUUGAGCAUUUAGCCCAGAUUCGGUGCUAGUACACUGUUUUGUUUGGUUUUUUUUUUCCCCCAUCACUAGUAAGACGUUUUAGCAGCCCAGUAGAACAACAGUCUUGGGAAUAAAAUACAAUUUUUAAAAAAAUCCGCUACUAGUGGCACUUUUGUCCUGCUAGUAUGCAUUGAAACAUUACGAGUAAACUGAAGUGCUGCAACACAAACACAAUUCACGUUACACACUAGUAGCACAAAAAUGUCUACUUGAUAGUUUUGCCUCACAAGUAACAUGUAGAUGUGUUGUUUUACUAUUAUGCCAAAGUUGACUAAGAAAUGUCCUAGAGUAGCGGGGGAAAAAGCUUGACGCAAGACUGUCAUUCUACUAGUGCGCUAGCUUUGUCUUACUAGUGAGGCUUUUAAUGAUGAUGAAGGCUUUACUAUGGGAGUAGGCUCUUUGUCCUCACUAGUAGGAAAACUACUGUGCAUAUUACCAGUGAGGCAGUAGUUGACAAGAGUGACUAGUGACCUAAAAUUCAAUGAGUUUACAUUUGGCACAUUACUACUUGUGCUAGUAGUGCGCAGAUGUCCACCAGUACAUCGUUUCAUCUUGCUAGUAGCACGCAGUUAGCUGACACGUACGGCAAAGGUGGUCCUACUAUUGGAGCUUCCAGGAAUGUCAUCCAGUAGUGGAUAAACUAUUGCAAGACAAUCAUUGUACUAGUGAGACCAAAGAGCGUACUAGUACACGGAUGUCAAGGAUAAAUAAAUGCUGAAAAGGUUUUCCCGCGGCGCAGAGCCUGCCCGAGUCGAAGACAAUUAUGCAACUUUUAUUUCCUUCUAUGCCAAAUGUCAACUCUUUCCACACGUUCCAGGUAGCUUAGCAGAAUGACUGACGCGUUGGCGAGCGCCAGUGAAACGUACGCUGAGCCCCGAGAUGUUUUGUUGAGAGGGAUGAAGGAAAACGCGCCGCAAGCCGCAAGCCGAAGCGCUUCCACCUCCGACUUAACACUCGUUGUUGCGACCAAAAACACCACAGAGGAGUUUCUUUUUUUUUUUACAUUUGACACUUUUAGCGAGCCCGAAGAGUACAAAGCUCAGCACGACUUUUGGAGUGUUCAAGCCACGUUUUUGUUUUGUUUUUAUUUAAUAUUUGACGGAAUAAAUACAAGUAAACUGAA